AUGGAAGACUUAGACACACAAAGUGUCGAAGAAGAGACUGACUUUGAAGGUUCUGCUAUGAAUACAGGUCCAAAAGGUGUCAUACAUGACUGGAGAAAAUUUAAACUGGUCAGUGAAGACCAAGAUGCAAUUCCUCCAAGCAAAAGGGAAAUCCUUCGGCAAAUGUCUUCUCCUUACAAGUCACCAAGCAAAGAUGAAAAGGAAACAAAAGAAAAAUUCAGUCGUAAGAUGAGCAUGCAAGAAUAUGAACUAAUCCAUGACAAGGAAGAUGAAAACUGUCUACAAAAGUACCGCAAACAAUGUAUGCAGGACAUGCACCAGAGAUUGAGUUUCGGCCCUAAAUAUGGGUAUCUAUAUGAGCUGAAAAGUGGAAAUGAAUUUUUAGAAGCAAUAGAGAAGGAACAAAAAAGUACUACAGUAAUAGUUCAUAUUUUUUCUGAUGAGAUCAAGGCCUGUGAGUCACUGAAUAAUUGUUUAACCUGCCUUGCGUUAGAGUAUCCAACAGUGAAGUUCUGUAAAAUUAAGUCAGCUGACACAGGAGCUGGAGAACGGUUCUCUAGAGAAGUCCUCCCAACUAUACUGGUCUAUAAGGCAGGAGAACUUAUUAGUAACUUUAUUAACGUUUCUAAAAACUUGAAUGAGGAAUUCUUUGCGGUGGAUGUUGAGGCUUUUUUUAAUGAAUAUGGGCUUUUGCCUGAGCGAGAAAUACAAGGCAUAGCAUGUGAUGAUGGGGAAGGGGAUAUUGAAUAG